AUGUUACUCACUCAUCACAUUCAUCUCCCUUUCACACAUUCACUCUUCACCACCCCCUUCCGCCCCUUGCACCUCACCACUCCAAUUCUCAACCUCAAACUCCCAUCCACACCCCCCAGGUUUACUUCCUUCACCCUCCACGCCGACCGCCAACCCCAGACCUCUAUCCCCAACCACGUCGUCGCCAAUUCCAUCUCCGAUUCCGUCAUCGACUCCUUCCUUUCGCUUCUCGAAUUCCUGUGCCUUCUCUCGUCGCUCAUCGUGUCGGCUAACGUCGCCGUGAUUGCGCUGUGGAAGAAGGAGUUGUAUGAAGCGAUUGGGAACAGAGUUGCUCCGUUGAGUAUGUUGUUGUUGGUGGUUGGUGUUUUGACCGGCGCGUUGAUUAGGAGAAGGAGGGAUGUUAUGAUCGGCGGGGUUCCGGUGUCGAAGGUGAGUUUGUUGCCGAGGAUUCAGAAAUUGGAAGGGGAUUUGGCUAGGUCUGCCAAUGUUAUUAGGAUUUUGUCUAGGCAGCUUGAGAAAUUGGGGAUGAGGUUUCAGCUCACUCGGAAGAAUUUGAAGGAACCCAUGUCUGAGACUGCUUCUCUCGCACAGAAGAAUUCCAAGGCCGCAACAGUAUUAGCCAUGCAAUCAGACUUGUUGGAGAAAGAGGUCGAGGAAAUUCAGAAAGUUUUACUAGCAAUGCAGGAACAACAGCAAAAACAACUUGAUCUCAUUCUUGCAAUUGUGAAGCCAAGUAAGCCAUGGGAAAGCAAGCAAAUUAAUGAGGUGAAUCAGGAGAUCCACCAAAUUUGA